GCGGGCGGGCGGGCGUGCGGGCGCCGGCGCGGGUUCUGUUCAUUCAUGAUUGCUACUCGGCCCCCGGGACCCAGCCCGAGCCGGGAGGGAGCGAGCGUGCGGCGGGAGGGGCGGGCGGAGCGCGGCUCCCGCACCGCGCGGCGCUGGCUCGGCAGCCUCGGCCGGGCGGGCGCGGGCCCCGUGUCCAGCGCCUGGCAGGCUGCGGGGCUCCGUCCUCGGCCGUGGCGAGGGGACCGGCGGGCCCGGGUGGCGCCGGGCGCGCUCCGCAGGCUGGCCCGGGAGGCAGUGCAUGUGCGGGCUGACGGCGGAAGCCAGAGCCUCCGGCGCCCGGCCCCGCGCGCUGAAGACCGAGCUGCAGGCGAGCUGCCCGGCUCUUCUCUCUUUUUUUCUUUUUUCCCCUCUCUCCUCCAAUUCAGAGUAGACAGUCCACACUGAUUUCUUCUAGGGGAGGGGAGGGGUAGGGCCCGGGGUCACAAGUGGCACACAAGUCUUCGCUGCCAUGGGGGCCGUCAUGGGCACCUUCUCAUCUCUGCAAACCAAACAAAGGCGACCCUCUAAAGACAUCGCCUGGUGGUAUUACCAGUAUCAGAGAGAUAAGAUUGAAGAUGAGCUGGAGAUGACCAUGGUUUGCCAUCGGCCUGAGGGACUGGAGCAGCUCGAGGCCCAGACCAACUUCACUAAGAGGGAGCUGCAAGUCCUUUAUCGAGGCUUCAAAAACGAGUGCCCCAGCGGUGUGGUCAACGAAGAAACAUUCAAGCAGAUCUACGCCCAGUUCUUCCCUCAUGGAGACGCCAGCACCUACGCCCAUUACCUCUUCAACGCCUUCGACACCACCCAGACAGGCUCCGUGAAGUUCGAGGACUUUGUAACCGCUCUGUCGAUUUUACUGAGAGGAACUGUCCACGAGAAACUAAGGUGGACAUUUAAUUUGUACGACAUCAAUAAAGAUGGCUACAUAAACAAAGAGGAGAUGAUGGACAUUGUCAAAGCCAUCUAUGACAUGAUGGGGAAAUACACAUAUCCCGUGCUCAAAGAAGACACUCCAAGGCAGCACGUGGACGUCUUCUUCCAGAAAAUGGACAAAAAUAAAGAUGGCAUCGUGACUUUAGAUGAAUUUCUUGAAUCAUGUCAGGAGGAUGACAACAUCAUGAGGUCUCUCCAGCUGUUUCAAAAUGUCAUGUAACUGGUGACACUCAGCCAUUCAGCUCUCAGAGACAUUGUGCUAAACAACCACCUUAACACCCUGUUCUGCCCUUGUUCUGAUUUUACACACCAACUCUUGGGACAGAAAUAACUUUUACACUUUGGAAGAAUUCUCUGCUGAAGACUUUCUAUGGAACCCAGCAUCACGUGGCUGUCUCUGAUUGCCAGCUCCUCCUCUUCCUUCUUCGUGAGAAAGACAAUAUGAAAUUUGAGUUUGUUUUGGAAGCAUGCUCAUCUCUUCACACUGCUGCCCUAUGGAAGGUCCCUCUGCUUGAGCUUAAACAGUAGUGCACAAUUUUCUGCUUCCGUGACCCCCGUCCACUGCCUCCAAGUUGAGUAGACCUUGAUGAAUCUAGAAGCAAGAGGACCUGAGCCAAGUGCACACCAUUCUCUGAUGGCCUCCCAAACCAAUGUGCCUGUUUCCCUUCCUUUGGUGGGAAGAAUGAGCAUUAUACAGAACAAUUAGAAUCUACCAUAACCAGAUUGGGAGAGCCAGAACCUAACACACGUGGGAAAGGACUGAAUUAUUAAGCAUGGCAUUGUCUGAUGACCCGAACUGCCCACGUAAUUUGUUUCCAGAGACAAGUACCAAUAGUUCUCUCACAACUAACAUCUGUGCUGGUAGUACCAGUCCCUUAACAUGCCCAGGAAGGGAGCCAUUGCCCAGUGGUCCAUACCUCCACUCCAUCCCCUGCUCGAGCCCAGCACUGCAUGUCCCUCCCAAAAAGUCCAGAAUGCCUGCAAAUUGCUGUAAUUUUAUACCAUGUUCUAAUCAAUAAACAGAACUAUUUCUUACA